AUGGCUUCCUCGCUCGUCUCGUUCUGGAGAUCUUCUGGUCCUCCUAAAUGGUUCUCAACUGAUGCUGCCUUUGAUCAAGAACUUCGAGACCGUUUCCAAGAUCUUCAUUUCGAAGCAGCCCGUCGCAAUCUUGACACUUGGAUGGAAACUCCAGAUGGUGCACUAGCACUCAUUUUACUAUUAGAUCAGAUACCGCGUAAUAUAUUCAGAGGAAGUUCCCAUAUGUUUGCAACGGAUUCACUCGCUCGUACUUUUGCCAGCCAAGCCGUCAAAAACAAAUUCGAUCAGGAUCCUGCACUCAAAGAUCUUCGAUCCUUUUUUUACAUGCCGUUCGAGCAUUCAGAAGAACUCGAGGAUCAGCAGCGAGCAGUAGAACUGAUGACGCCGCUCGGCGGUGGGAACGUCACAUGGGCCAAAGAUCACUUGAACAUCAUCGAGCGAUUUGGUCGCUUCCCACAUCGUAAUGCAGUUAUGGGGCGAAUUUCGACUGCAGAAGAAGUUGAUUAUCUCAGUUCUGGUGGUUUUGGCGGCGGAAUGGCUUCGAAAUCUGCGCUUCCCAAUUAG